AUGGGGAUCUUAACUCGCAGUACGGUUUCUAGAAAGCCGAAUGAGAGCAUGAGGCUUAUAGUGACGACCUUUGUUGGAAUAGUUUUUGGCUUCUUGGUAGGAGUAUCUUUCCCAACUUUGUCAUUAACAAAGCUCAAUCUAUCAAACAGCCUUCUUACUACCAUUGAUUUUGCUUACACUGAUUACAAAAAGUCAGGCCCCUCAAGCUCAGCUCAAGUGUCUCCCCCAAUUGGUAAUAAUGGCAACUCUGUUAAUGCUACAUCAGAGAAGAUUUGGGUCCCAUCAAAUCCUCGAGGUGCAGAAAGACUUCCACCAGGAAUUGUUAAAGCAGAGACAGACUUGUACCUACGCAGAUUGUGGGGCAAACCUAGUGAGGAUUUGACCAGCACACCAAAGUAUCUUGUUGCAUUUACUGUCGGUUAUGAUCAACGGCAGAAUAUUGAUGCAGCAGUUAAAAAGUUUUCAGGGAAUUUUACCAUCCUUCUAUUUCAUUAUGAUGGUAAAACAACUGAAUGGGAUGAGUUUGAGUGGUCAAAGCAGGCGAUACAUGUGAGUGUUCGGAGGCAGACUAAAUGGUGGUAUGCCAAGCGGUUUUUGCACCCUGACAUUGUGGCACCCUAUGACUACAUAUUUAUCUGGGAUGAGGACUUGGGGGUUGAGCAUUUCGACGCGGAAGAGUAUAUUAAACUGGUAAGGAAGCAUGGACUGGAGAUUUCACAGCCUGGUCUGGAACCAAAUAGAGGGUUAACCUGGCAAAUGACAAAAAGAAGAGGUGAUCGUGAAGUCCACAAAGAAACACAGGAGAAACCGGGCUGGUGCAAUCAUCCACAUCUCCCUCCUUGUGCAGCGUUUGUUGAGAUCAUGGCUCCUGUGUUUUCACGAGAUGCAUGGCGGUGUGUGUGGUAUAUGAUUCAGAAUGACUUAGUCCAUGGCUGGGGUCUUGAUUUCGCCCUCAGAAAAUGUGUAGAGCCUGCACAUGAGAAGAUAGGUGUUGUAGAUUCUCAGUGGAUCGUUCAUCAAUCUGUUCCCUCUCUCGGGAACCAGGGAGAGGCACAACAAGGCAAGGCACCAUGGCAAGGGGUAACAAUGAAAGAAACGGUGUGGAAAGCAAUGAAGCGAAUACGACGGAGUGGGCAUGUUUUGGGAAAAAUCAUUUCUGAGAAAACUCUCUUUAAGGGAGCGGUGAAAACCAUCCUGCGAAACUUAUGGCAUGAGGAUGAAGCCCCGGUGAUUGGUGAGGCUGGGAACAAUACUUUUAGUAUUUUCUUUGCUUCCAAAGAGUUGAUGGAGGCGGCGGUGCGAGCAAAUCCAUGGUCAGUGAUGGGCUCCUGUUUUAAUCUCAAGGAAUGGCCGAUGGACCUACCGAUAGGGGAGAUGAAUUUCGAUGAAGUGUCCUAUUGGGUCCAGAUUCAUAACCUUCCAAGAGAUAUGAUGUCGAUAAGGAAUGCCCAGAUUAUUGGUGGUAAUUUGGGUCGGAUUUUAGAGAUUGAAGAGCCAAAAGGAAGAUUUGGCUGGAAUAGAAGUUUUCUGCGUAUGAGAGUUUUGGUGAAAGCAGCGAACCCCCUAACUCCAGGCUUCUGGUUUCCGAGAGGAGAGGAUCGGAAGGUCUGGGCUGAGGUGAAAUAUGAGAAACUGUCAGACUUUUGCUUCUCCUGUGGUCGCUUAGGUCAUAUGAGUAAGCAUUGCAAAUUUGAUUCUCCUCCAAACGUUGUUUUUGGAAACUCGAUGAGAACGGGGUCGGCUAGAGCUUUGAUGUCACCGAAAAAGAAGCGGAGUAAUUCCUGGGGAGGAAGGCUGAGUGAUAGAAGUGAGCAGACAUCUGUGGUGGCGCGUAGCCUCUACAUGCCAUUGGUGCGUGAAAGACAAGAGGUGAGUGAAAACACGAUCCAUGCGCGUGGUGUGGAAUUAUCUACAAGGCCGAAAGAGAAGGGUCAGAGUAGUGGAGCGAAUUUCGGAGGCAGUUACAAACCAAUUCCCACUGAUGAGCAUGAGAAGCGGAAGGGAAUGAUUAUCCCAAUAUCAGAUAAGAUCAGGGAUAGACCGGGGGUGGCAGAUUUUGUUCAAGAUCCAGUUCGAGAAGUGUCUGAAAGUUUUGGGCCCAAUUUGAACUCUGAAAUUGCCAACUUAUCUAAUUUCUCUUGGCCAAAUGAAUUGCUGGGCCUUAAAUCUAUUGAACCUGACGUGGAAGGCUACAUUGAUGAACCAGGCUGUGCUGAGCUCCCAGGUUAUGAGCCCAUUGAUUCGGAGAUUGAAGAGUACCCCCCUGAGCCUGGUUGCGCGGAAUUACGUGUCAUUUCUAGCCCACCAAUGGGGACAAUUGUGAUGCAUUUCUAUGCCAGCCCAAAUAGAAGGCCGACUGAAACAUCAGAGACACCUCAAGGUAAGUCUGUUAGAAAAAGUCCAGUUAUCUCUCAUUCUAAAAUGCUAUCUACUAUUAUGAGCUUAUCUAAUGUUUUUCGUAAGCUGCAUUUGAAACGUAUUGAAAAGGAAGAGCUGUCUAAAGAAGGGGGGAGUAAGAAAGCUAGAUUAGCUAUUAUGAAUGAUGCUGAUGUUGAUGCUCCUGGUGCGGGUAAUGAGUUAGUCCCUUUUAUGGACAAUUAUUCCAGCUGCUUCAAGACAGGCAAUGAGUUGAUAGCCAAAGUUGGUAGAACUGUUAGAAAGGCUAAGAGAAGAGGAAGAAAACCAAGAGCCAGUCAGAACAUAGGAGUUAUUGUGGAAGAACUUGUAGACGUUCCUAUCGGGGCCGGAUCACCCUUGACAUUUAGAGCCCUUAGGGGUUUAAAGAAAGACCUUGAUCCGGAUGUGGUUUUCUUAAUGGAAACUAAAAAUACAGUGAGGAAACUUGAGUACAGAAGAAGAAAGCUGGGUUUUGAUUAUGGUGAAUAUGUGGAAGCCAAUGGCCUAAGUGGAGGUCUAGCUCUUUGGGGUAAACGUAAAAACUGCUUGAGAAUCAGAGACAAGGGAAGGAACUUUGUUGACUCUUGGUACUGUGAUGAUAGUGGUAUACCAUUGUUUCGUGUUAUUUGGGUUUACGCUCCUGUCGAUUAUUAUGAAAGGCAAGAUCUGUGGAGGAGAAUUGAGGUUAUGGUCUUGGAGAAUGACAACCCUUGUAUCUGCUUGGGUGAUUUCAACGAUAUUCUGGAUCAGGCUGAGAAGCUGGGAGGUAGAAGGAAAUCCCACAGGAAUAUAGCCAGCUUUAGAGACUUCAUAUCUCACUGCAACUUCAUUGAUAUGCCUAGUCAAUGGCAGCAGUUUACUUGGAGAUGUCGUAGGGAUGGUGAGAUAAUUCAAGAAAAGCUGGAUAGAGUUCUAGCAAACGCUGACUGGAUAGCGCAGAAUCCUAAAUGCAAAGUCAUUAACUUGUCGGCAAUUGGGUCAGACCAUUCACCCAUUGUCUGCUACUCUGAGUUUAAGAGCCUAUUCUCCAAAAGGAUUUUUAAAUUCGAAGCUAUGUGGGCUGAACAUCCAGAGUGUUAUAAUGUGAUUAAAGCUGGGUGGGAUAAGAAUAUUGAAGGCUCUAAAGCUUAUCAGUUGGUCCAAAAGCUUAAAGAGUGUGAGAGACUCCUCAGAGCUUGGAGUAGAAAAACUUUCCCAAAUAACAGAAGAGCUAUUGAAGAGAUUAAAACUAGAAUUGCAGCUAUGCAGGGCAAAGAAAUGACAGAUUUUGAUUUCAGAACAGUUGAACAAAUGGUUGAGCAAAUUGAUGAGUUAUGGAAAAAGGAAGAACAGUAUUGGUUUCAGAGGGCUCGUGUUAAAUGGCUCUGCUAUGGAGACCAAAACACCUCCUUCUUUCAUCAAACGACUUUGCAGAGAAGGCAGAAGAAUAAAGUGGUGAAGAUAAAAAACAGACAAGGGGACUGGGUUGAUGAAGAGAAAGAUAUAAGGAGCUGCUUCCUUGACUUCUUCAAAAAUCUUUAUACUAGUAGUGGCCCAAGAGACUGGAGGGAAGUUCUCAGCUAUGUUCCGAGUCUAAUCACUCCGGAGAUGAAUCAACAGUUGACUAGGAACUUCUCAGUAGAUGAAAUUAAAGAAGCUACUUUCCAACUUGGCAGGCACAAGUCCCCAGGACAUGAUGGCUUCAAUGGCCUAUUCUUCCAAGAUUACUGGAAUGAGGUGGGGAAGAGCAUUACAGAAGCUGUCCAAAGUUUCUUCCACAGUGGCAGAAUCCUUAAAGAGAUUAACAGAACUUUUAUUGUGCUCAUCCCCAAAACCAAUGCUCCUGAAGAGGUCAGUCAGUAUCGCCCAAUCAGUUUGUGUAACUUUGUUUACAAGAUCAUUUCCAGACUUAUGGUUAAUAGAUUGAAGAAAUGGCUGGAGAUUCUUAUUACUCAGAAUCAGAGUGCAUUUGUGGAAAAGAGACAAAUUCAAGACAAUAUAAUAGUGGCUCAUGAAGCUUUUCACUAUCUGAAGAUGAGAAAGAACAAGAGGAAAUGGGAGCUAGCUAUAAAGCUGGACAUGCAGAAAGCAUAUGACAGGAUUGAGUGGGACUUCUUAGAGGCGGUUAUGGAGAAAAUGGGAUUUGCUGACAAGUGGAUCAAGUGGGUGAUGCAGUGUGUAACUACUGUGAGUUAUUCAGUGGUGGUUAAUGGUGAGCCUGAUGGUAAUAUCAAGCCUACUAGAGGGUUAAGACAAGGGGACCCCUUGUCACCUUAUCUUUUUCUGCUGGUGGCUGAUGUUUUAUCAAGAAUGAUUCAUAAGGAAGCUGAAGAUAAGAAUCUGUCAGGCAUGAAACUUUCUAGAGCUGGACCUGAGAUCACACAUUUAUUAUUCGCUGAUGACUCCCUUUUCUUCCUUCAAGGUAAAAUGCAGAAUUAUGACAAGCUUAGAGACCUCAUUGAGAAAUACUGUAGGGCCUCGGGACAGCAAGUCAAUCUGGCUAAGUCUAGUCUCAUCUUUAGUGCAAACGCCUCUGAGGAUAUUAUGAAUGAAGUCUCCAUUCGCCUUGGCAUCCCUAUUGCUUCUAAUCUUGGCACCUACUUGGGUAUCCCAGCCACUUGGGGAAAAACUAGAAAAGAAGCUAUGCACUUUGUUAAAGAAAGAGUGUUCUCUCGUAUCCAAGGUUGGAAGCAAAAGAUGCUUUCUCAGGGGGGUAGGGAAGUGCUUCUUAAAGCAGUAGCUAGUGCUAUCCCUACUUAUUUUAUGUCUUGCUUCAAGUUUCCCAUCAGUCUGUGCAAUAAGAUGAACACAGGCAUGACUCGAUUUUGGUGGGGUCAACAAAAAGAAGAAAGUAGAAUUCAUUGGCAAAGCUGGGACAAGCUGACUAAAGCUAAAGAUGAGGGAGGUAUGGGGUGUAGACAGUUGGAACUCUUCAACCAAGCCCUCAUGGCCAAGCAGUAUUGGAAGAUAAUACAGAAUCCUGAUGCUCUGUGGGUUAAAGUGCUGAAGGGAAUUUAUUUCCCAAACUGUGAUGUUACUGAAGCUCGUAGAGGAAAAGUUAUUCUAAAUGGUGGUGAAGAGCAAUGCAAAUCCCUUAGAGUCAAAGAUCUCAUUGAUAAGGAAGGUGGUUGUUGGGAUUUAAGUCCCAUUGAACAAUGGCUAACACCUAAAUGUAGAAAAGCCAUAUUGGCAAUCCCUAUCUGCAGAACAGGCUGUUGCGAUAAGAAGAUCUGGCAUUAUGAGAAGAAUGGCAAAUAUACUGUUCGCUCAGGUUACCAUACCCUGAAAGCCACUAGGGAGAGACUCCUUAGUAGGAAAAUUACUAAUGGUGGUCUCUGCCCGAUUUGUCAGAAAGAAGAGGAAACAAUUGAACAUCUUUUGACUAAAUGUGACUGGACUGCUGCCGUUUGGUUUGGUGCUUUGGGGUAUAGAUUUAGUGGUGAUAACCCCCAACUUUUCAAAGACUGGUUCUUAUCGACUCUUGAUUCACUGAAUUCUGGAAAAGAUGACACUGGCAUGAAAAUAGCCUUCACUAGCUGGUUCAUAAGGAAGGCGAGUGGCAUUAGUGGUUUUGGGGUUUUGAUCCGAGAUCAUAGUGGCAAUGUUGUUGAUGGUAAAGUGGGUUCAGGCCAAUAUAGUUCUGCCCUCCAAGCUGAAGCAGAAGCUAUUCGUGAAGCAGCAACUCUUGCUCUCAAUCAUGGAAGUGGGAAGUUUAUUUUUGAAAGUGACUAUAAAGAGUUGGUUAAUGCUAUUUUAUCUGAUAAAUGUGGGAGAUGGGAGAUUGACUCUAUCUUAGAUGACUUCAGAGUUUCUUCAGCCAAGCUAAGAGAGGUCUCUGUCAGAUGGAUUAGCAGGAAGAUGAAUGCAGCUGCAGAUUGGCUAGCUACCAAGCCAAACAGGGAAUGUGUUCUAGCAAUUGGGUGA